AUUCCAUUGAAAGUUCAUUCAAAUUUUGAGUUCAUUUGAAAUUAUUUUGAUAUCCAUAUCUGCUGAAGGAAUUUACACGCCUCCACAUACAACAACAAGUUCAAGGACACCUCAAAUGGAUGCGAAUCAAGAAGAGGCGCAACGUUACAUUAAUGUCGCCUUACGUGAAAUCAACACUGGAAAUUACGAUAAUGCCAUCAAACUACUCAGAAAGGCUAAAGAACUAAGCCCAGACUCACAAGCAUAUGAAUUGCAAGAGCUGCUAACCAAGUUGAUUGCCAACGCUUCAGCGCAGCAAACAAAUAAAAAACAAACCUCAGCAGGUGCCAGCACAUCGGCUGGUAAUGGUAGCGGUGGUAGUAAUAAUGAAUCACCAAUGCGCCUACGUCAGCGACGGCAAAAUUCUCACAACAAUAGCACUACGCAUACUGGUGUCAGUCGUGAUUACACCAAAGAGCAAAUGGAUUUAGUGAAGCGUAUUAAUAAAUGUAAGAGCUUCUAUCAGGUGUUGCAAGUGACGCGUGACGCCACUGAUUCGGAGAUCAAGCGUGCCUACAAGCGGUUGGCAUUACAAUUGCAUCCCGACAAGAAUCAAGCACCAGGUGCAGCUGAAGCUUUUAAGACGUUGGGCAAUGCGGUGGCAGUGCUCACCGAUGAACGUCGACGCAAGGAUUACGAUGCAUCGGGCGCGAAUACGCUGACAGCACAUGGCAGAAGCUCAAAUUUGAAUGCCAAUCAUCAACACCAACCAUUUGCGGGCAACUACUAUCACAGCAAUGGUGGCGGUGGUUUUGAAGCGAAUUUUGGCGAGGAUAUCACCGCAGAGGAGUUAUUCAAUAUAUUCUUUGGCAAUUAUCCGCCACAUGCACGCGACCCACAGAGGCGCCCCUAUCAAGCGGCCAAUCAACGGCAACCACAGGAACGUAACCAGCAACCAAGCUUGGCUUUUGGUUUGAUUUUGGUGUUGAUUUUGAUUUCUAUGUUCUCGUCGUUCUUUACAUCAGAUCCAGUAUACAGUUUGGCGCAGUCGAGCAAAUAUCCCAUACUGCGGGAGACGCAACACCUUUCGGUGCCAUAUUACGUGAAGUCAAACUUCGAAGCCGAUUAUCAGGGCUCACUGGGACGUUUAGAGAACUCCGUAGAGGAAGAUUUCAUCUAUACGAUGAAACAGAACUGUUAUCGCGAGCGCAGCUACCGUGAAGGCAUGAUGGCACGUGCACGCAGUUUUGGCAGCAGCAUGAAGUUCGCACAAGCUCAGGCGUUGAAAAUGCCUUCGUGUGAAAAGCUAUCGAAAAUUGGCAUAACACGUUACUCACUCUACUAAAAGGGUACUCUCGUCUGCCCCAGGGCAAAUAUUGAAUUGAAACGAGCACAUUGGAUUUGUGUAGAUGAUUACUCGAAUUAUAAUUAUUGGAGUUGAAGAAGUGAAUCGCUUUUGAUUUUGAAGGAGAAACAACGAUUAAUAGAAACAUACAUAAACAUAUACAAUCACGCGUAUGUAAAUAUGUACAAACAUAUGCUGCGUACUCAUUAAAAUUGUUGUGAAUCGUAUUGACUUACAGUAUUGGCAUAUGUCGUGUAAUGCAUACCGAUAUACAUAUAUUUAAUUAUACACAAAAUAAAUAAAUAAAUAAAUGGAAAUAAUUAUCUGGGCUUUAAGAGCUUCAUUCAACGAUUAUGCGACAAUUUGAUCUGAAUUCAUAAUAAAUAAGCCUCUGAAUAUGCAGUCAACUGCGCUGCAGGAUUUAUGAUAUAUUACAUACAUACAUACAUACAUACAUACAGUAAAUAGCAACAGACAUAGAAUAAAAACAUUUUGAUCCUGAUGGAUUUGGUGUAAAAUCACUCAACCAAAAUCAAAAAAAACAACAACUAAAUUGUAUACACAGUAAGAAUAUAAGUACAAUAAAAAUUCAAUCAAUUAGCAUUCAUAACUUUAUACAUAGAUGCACUGAAAAUGUAAAAUGUCGAUGCAAUUAUCGAAUAAAUAAAGUAUUUUCACUCCUCUCCAAUUGGUUAUAAAAAUUGCUUUUGUCCAAUUAACAAUUGUAGCAAAGAACGCACGUGAGAUGCCCCUCUUCUGCAAUAGCGUAUCGAAUGUUGGUCUCCAAGCGCUGAAUUGUUUCUGGUUUAAUGGCGUAGGCAUACAACUUUACAUUCAAAUGAAUGAAAAUAAUAUACUUCUUCUUCUUCUUAAUUGGCGCCAUAACCGCUUAUGCGAUUUUGGCCGAGUUAAACAAAACGCGCCAGUGGGUUUCUUUCUCUUGUUAACCUGCGCCAGUUGGACACACCAAGUGAAGCCAAGUCCUUCUCCAUCUGAUCUUUCCAACGCAGAGGAGGCCUUCCUCUUCCUCUGCUACCACCAUCUGGUACCGCAUCGAAUACUUUCAAAGCCGGAGCGUUUGUAUCCAUUCGUACGACAUGACGAGGCCAACGUAGCCGCUGGAUAUUUAUUCGCUGCGCUAUUUCUAUGCCGUCUAAAAUAAUAUUAGUUUGCGGGAGAAAAAUACAUUAUUAUUUAAAAUUGAAAACUUGAUUUAAGGUGUUUCGGAUUGUUCGAUUUGGAUCAAAUAUGCACCGUACAAUUGUUGUAAAAUUUGUUGACAUUUUAAAGGUAGCUUCAUAAUGCCUCUCUCAUAGAAGUCUUGGUCCUUAUUGUCGAAAAACUCUAGUAAUCGAUUUUCACAAUCUUCACUUGAUACCAAAU